AUGACAACACCAGACUCGCCGUUAAUUAAGGAAGGGUCGGAAAAUUAUCCCCAGCUCAGUCGCUCAAAGCUCGGUAAAGACCUUGGUAGAGGCAGAUUUUCCCAUCCAACGGCUGAACACCCCUGGGCAUACGCCUCCUCGAUAGCUUCAAUCGUCAUAAUGAUCGUUUCCAUCGGUGCAAUUGUACAUGAUGUCCGUAGCGAAAGACAAAGUAUAUUGCCUCUUUUUUACUUACUUCUGUGUGUGGUCUGCUUUCUAGUGGGGGGUGUUUGUAUGGCUAUCAUGUUUGACCCCAUUCCAACAAGUCGUAUUAGCGAGGCUCAGGAUGCCCUCUUUUUCUUGAAGCUAAUUGCAACAGGUCAUUCGAUGGAUGAAGUGGGUAGAUUUAUGAAUUCGUACUUCUAUCAGAGAGGAAUAUGGUGGACAGAUAGUUACUUUUACGAUGGUAAGCAGUGCUACGACUUUUUUGUACGCUAUUCCAAAAGCUGUAGUGACCCUGUUAUAGAGCCGUUUAUCGAGCAAGCUAAGAGCAAGCUAACCGAAAGUGUGGCCCUACAGUGGGAGGCAAUUCAGGUUCCGGGUCAUUCAUAG